UCCAAACUGACAGGCCUUGCACCCCAGAGUCUCCUGGCGAACUCGAGAGCUGGAGGGGAACGAUCCGCUGGAGCCCCUCAAGAUGGAGCCGCCAUCGAAUUAUCCCAAGAAGUUCUACUGUGGAGCCGGGCGCCGGCUGCGGAAGACGGGCCAACAGGACUGGCGGCCGGCCAAACCAGGCGAUGCCUCGAGGAAGACUGCCUAUGUCCUGGCUGUGGGAGAUUGGGGUGCCACGACCUGUCCUCAUGAGACCUGGGACGAACACAUGACCAAGUGCGUGAAGUACAUCGUUAUGGAGAGACAGCGUGGUGCUGCGUGGAAAGACAUCUACCAGUCGCCAGGCUACCUUCGCUGCGGAUCGCUGCACCACCUCUGCAUGUACGAUCCAGCGUUGUGGGGCCUGGCCCAGUGCGAUCCCAACAACGCAGCCUGGUGGAAAGACUCCUUCGCGCAGUAUGCGGUGGCUGAUGGCAUGGCAGCCGCCAGUUCCUCUGUGAACACCGUGGAUUUCGUGAUUUCCGUAGGGGACAACUUCUAUCUGCGAGGGGUGAUGGAUGAGUUCGACCUCAACUGGCGAUACAUGUUCGAAGAGGUCUAUCACCAUGAGUCCCUCCAGGUUCCGUGGCUCAAUGUCCUGGGGAACCACGACUACGGUGGCCACGAGUGCGACGGCUGCCUCUUUGAGGGCGGCACCGGUGGAUGUAGCGAUGCGCAGAUCAGCUACGACGAUGAGAAGUCCUGGGAGUUCCCAGCACCCAAACGGAAACGCUGGGUCUUGCCCAAGAGGUACUACAAGAAGUCCUUCAAGUACCAGGACUUUAGCAUCGACGUCUUUGCCAUCGAUUCCAACUGGGUGAAUUCGCAUUCGCUGUGCCACGGUCAGAGCAAGAUCACCUCAGAGAAGGUUUGCAAUGCGGCGCAGUGCGAGACCUUUUAUCAGAAGACCUACGCGGCGCAGCUGCAAUGGCUCCGGGAGGAACUGCCGAAGUCCAAUGCCACGUGGAAGUGGGUGGUGGGACAUCAUCCCUGUGAAAUGCUGGGCGAUGUGAUGUUAAAGCUCUUUGCGUCCAACGGGGUGUCGCUGAUCUUUGCCGGACAUGUGCAUCAACUGCGUUUGGAUCGUGUGAAGGAUGUGUACUGUGUGAUCACCGGGGCUGGAGGAGGAUAUCAGUGGAACGGCGGAAGUCAUUUGACCAACACCAUUCGCGACUCCGGUGGGAGAGAGUAUGGCUUCGCAAUGGUGGAAGUCAACAAGAGCAAAACAAUUCUCAGAUUUCUGAAUAGUGACAGGAAGGUUCUUUGGGAUGAGACGCUUCUGGAGAAUCCCAAUGCUCAAGAGGUGGAAGUCGAGCCGAUCCCUGCCAAAGAUGCAGAGAUUUUGGCCGACUAUGAGGCCGAAGAAGACAAGGAGUUGGACACUGGGCUGCCCUGCCAGUGGGCGGACUGGGAAGACGGUGAGUGCGACGCAACCUGCGGCGAUGCAGUGAUGGUGCGUCGCAGACAAGAGGUGACGAAACAAGUGGAGUGCAAGGAUGAGCAAAUGCGCGUGAACUGCACCCUGGAGCCUUGCACGGAGCCUGGCACUGGAACUGACUCUCCAGGCAGCACCUCCAAAGCUGCGGAGACCGACGCCUCGGAGACGACACCUGCAGCACCCACGGCCGAAACGAGUAACGCGCCGGCGGAUGGGGACGAGACGAAGGAGAGCGUGAGUCUGUGGAGCCUGUUGAAACUGGGGGCCAUGGUCCUGGUGCUGCUGCUGGUGAUUGCCCUGAUGAUCCUCCGAAGACGAGCGCACACGAGGGCUGAAGGCCGGAGACGUCCCUCUCGUCGCGAUAUCGAACUCACCUGAGGGCUCCGGAAAAAAA